UCGCCUCUCAUGUGCACACCCGCUUUUCCCCAACUUUUAAGCACCGCUCGCCCUUCCUGACCGUUGCAUUCCCAAAAUCUCCUUGGUUCCCAUCCGAAACAGCAGCGCACGAGACGAAACCGCCAGCGCGUACGCGAGAGCCGCUCGACGCCAAGAAGAACCCGAGAGCCGCCGCCGCCCAUGGCCGACGCCAGCGCCCUUGUCGUCUCCUCCGCCGCCGGGGAGGGGUGGCGGCAGCACCCGCUGAGCCAGAUCGCGGGCAGCGGGACGCACCGGCUGCUGCUGAAGCAGUGGCUCAAGGAGGAGGACCUGCUCGCGCGCCGCGUCGCCCUGCGGGAGGCCCGCCUCGACGGCGCGCGCAGGGAGAUCGCCUUCCUCUACUGCGCCUUCUUCGCCUUCCACGCCGCCUCCGUCCUCCUCCUCUUCCUCUCGUCCUCCUCCGCAUCCUCCGUUGCCUCCGCCGCCGCUGCGUGCAGGCGGUCCUGGAUCCCCUGCCUCGUCUCGCUGCUCUCGUCGCUGGCCAUGCUCUGGGCGCUGCGGUACAAGUCCGACACGGAGGCCGUCCUGGAGCGGCUGCUCGCGCGGGAGCGCGAGGACGCGCUGCUCCUCGGCAAGUGCGUCGCCGAGCUCAAGCGCAAGGGCCUCGAGUUCGACCUCCUCAAGGAGGUGGACGCGCUGCGCAGGGCAAAGAGCCUCCGCGUCGAGGCCAAGGGCGGCGAGAAGGCCAGGAGGUGGCAGGCCAGGGACCUCGCCGUCUUCGCGCUCUUCGGCGCCGCCUGCGGGGUGCUCGUGCUCACCAGGUUCUUGCUCUGUAAUUAGCAAAGAUUAUGGGGGCAUCACGUGAUUCGCUUGCCUUCUUGGCGCUCUUCUUGAUUACCGUUGCUGGGUGAAGCGCAUAAUUCGUUGUUGGCACAACUGUUUGUUCUGCCAAUUUUGGUGUUGGUUUUUGUUUGUAAUAAGUAAAGGACUUGAUGCCUCAGAGCUUAUUCGCAUUCGUAUUUUUCAUUGUAUUAUGGAGCAAAAGUACUCUCCAAGUGUUAUGAAUUUACAAAGAUUAUGUCACCCUGCAGUUAUGCUUC